AUGUACAUAAAGAAGGUGAUUAUACGGGGCUUUAAGACCUACAAGAACAAGACUGAGAUUGAUAACUUCUCUCCUCAUCAUAAUGUUGUAGUUGGUUUUAACGGUUCUGGUAAGUCUAACUUCUUCGCCGCCAUUCGCUUUGUUUUAAGCGACGAUUACACCAAUUUGAAACGGGAGGAACGACGGUCGCUUAUCUAUCAGGGAACUUCAUCAGUUAUGUCAGGCUAUGUGGAAAUUGUAUUUCACGGUGCGGAGAACCGGACGCUACUUGGUGCUCAGGAUGGCGGCGUGAUUCACAUUCGACGGACAGUUGGCCUAAAGAAAGACGAAUACAUGAUUAAUAACAAAAACGCCAGCCGCAGCGAUGUACAGCGGCUGUUGGAAUCCGCUGGUUUCUCUACGUCGAAUCCCUAUAACAUUGUCCCACAGGGCAGGAUUGUAUCUCUCACCAACGCGCAGAACCGCGAACGCUUACAGCUCCUUGAAGAAGUCAUCGGUGCGAAGUCCUUUGAGCGGAAGCUUAAGGAAUCCUUGCAAAAGAUGGAGACAACUGAGAAAAAUCGCGAGAAGAUACGUAUAGAACUUGAGGAGGUCGAGGCGAAGCUUAACGAACUAGAUGAGGAAAGAAAGGAGUUAGAGAAAUACAACUCGCUUGACAGGAAGAGGAAGAUGUGCCAGUUUGCUCUCUAUGACCGUGAGCUGAAUGAGGUAACAAGUAUGGUAGAGAAGUUGGAUGGCGAGUAUACUAAUACGUUGGUACUUUCUGAACAGUAUAUACAAGAAUUGGAAAAGAGGGAAAGCCUGAUCGAGACUUUAACCAAAAGUUUGAACCAGCUGGGCUCAGAAUUGAAAAUGAAGGAGUCUACAGAUUUACAGCAAGCUAAAGAUUCUGAAUUGGAACUCGCGAAACACCUGGCCGACCUCAACGUGAAAUACGAAGAGCUAAUAUCCCAGAACAACGCCCUAAAGGAACAGUCUGCGUCAAACUCUGAAAGUUUACUAGCUAUUCGCUCGCAAAUCGCUGUGAAGGAACAGCAGCUAGCAAGGCUAUCUCCUCGUUUUGAACAACUAACUAUAGAAGAAGCUGCUAUGAAGGCCGAAUUUAAGGCCCUUCAACAGCGCCAAAGAGAUUUGUUAGCUAAGCGUGGCAAAUAUUCGCAAUUUAGAAACAAAGCUGAAAGAGAUGCUUGGAUAGAUCAGGAGCUCUCUAUUCUGAAAGAGGAACUACAGUGCUCUAGCAUUGCACUUACUUCCAUUUCGGAAGAGCGGGACAGUUUAAGAAUUAAGCUCACUACCUUAGAUGACCAAAUAAUGGAGCUAAACGACUCUGCGCACGGCCCUGGUAUAAAUGCCGAGUUAGAAGAUGUUCAACAGGAACUAACCGUUUUAAAAAAAGCACAUUUGUUCAAGAUCGAUGAACGGAAACAGCUAUGGAGGUCAGAACAAAAGAUCCAGUCGGUACUUGAAUCUCUGGUGGAUGACGUUAAAAGAGCAGAAGGUACUCUAAGUGAAACAAUGGAUCGCAGCUUAGCCACUGGCCUAAAGAAUGUAAGUGAAAUAGCUCAGAGACUAAAUUUACCAGAGGGCUCUGUUUUUGGUCCUCUUGGUGAACUUAUCAAGAUAAGUGAAAAGUACAAAGCAUGUGCGGAAGUUGUUGGAGGUACAUCGCUUUUCCAUGUCGUGGUCGAUACAGAGAAUACAGCGGCACUUCUUAUGCAAGAACUCUACAAUUCAAAGGGCGGUAGAGUUACAUUCAUACCCUUAAACCGGGUCCACGUGGACUCAAAUAUUGUAUACCCUUCCAACGAUGAGCACCAUUGCACCCCUCUGAUAAAGAAGAUUAAAUAUGACCCGAAGUUUGAAAGAGCCAUAAAGCACGUUUUUGGCAAGACUAUCGUGGUGAAGGACUUGAACCAGGGUACAAAGUUGGCGAAGCAGUUUAGACUGAAUGCCAUCACAUUAGAUGGCGAUAAAGCGGACAGCAGAGGUGUCUUGACGGGUGGCUUUCAUGAUCAUCAUAAGCAGAAGCGACUAGACUCAAUGAGAGAUCUAAAAUCUCUCAAGAAAGAGCAACAGGGAAAUAAAUCCCAACUGGAAGAAGUUAAAGAGAAACUUCAUAGCAUAGAUCAAGAAAUUGAUGAAUUGAAUGAUAAGAUUAAGAAAUCAAUGAGUAGAAGGGAAAUGAUUUUGACUCAAGUCGAAGCAGUAAACAUCAAAUUGGAAAAGGCUAAGAGGGAAAGAUUCUUACUCGAAGAGACAAUGGUGCAGCUCAUUUCAAAAGAAGAAAAGGCAAAAAUUAAUCAAAAGUUGCUACAGGAUAAAUUAGAUAUGUAUACAGAGGAUUUGUCCAGAGAUUUUGACACUGAAUUAACUCUUACAGAAAGGGAAGAACUAGACGAAAUUGCCAAGAAAUUGCCUGAUUUAGAAAAUCUGCUGAAUACAACUACUGACGCGUUAAGCUCUGUUGUUGUAAAGAUAGACUCUUUGAAAGCCGAAUUGGAUUCCAAGCUCAAGCCACAGGCGAAAGAAUUGGAGGACCAGCCGAAUGAAAUCAUGUCAACGACUGCUAUUCAAAAUUUACAAGAACAUAUUGAUGCUGUAGAGGAUGAACGAAAAACAUUACUGGAGCGGAAAUCUACUGUUGAUAAUGAAGUGCAGAAGAUAUCAGAGAUUAUUGAUACCCUCAAGAGCCGUCAGGAAGAAGAGGAGAAAUCACUGGAAAAAGCUAACUCCCAGCAACGUGCUUUAUUAAAGAAACUAGACAACUAUCAGAAAGAAGCGGAAAAGUCAAUGCUCAGAAAAAUGACGCUGUCUACCAGGCGUGACGAACUGCAACAGAAAAUAAGGGAUAUCGGCUUGCUUCCAGAUGACUCAGCAGAUAAAUACCAUAACAUGUCUAGCAGUGAGCUGCUGAAAGAAUUGAGUUCCAUAAAUGAUAAAAUAUCCAAGAUGACAAAUGUGAACAAGAGGGCCUUGGAGAACUUUAAGAAAUUUGACGACAAACAAAAAGAUGUUAUGAAGCGCGCUAAGGAGCUUGAUGAAUCAAAAGAAUCCAUUGAAAAGCUGAUCGACAAAUUAAAAAAACAAAAGGUAGAGGCUGUUGAAAAUACCUUCAAAAAGGUAUCUGAGAACUUUACACAGCUUUUCGAAAAGAUGGUCCCCAGAGGUACUGGUAAGUUGGUGAUUCACCGCAGGGAGAAUGAGCCAAGCAAACCAUCUAAACGCCAACAGAAAAAGAGAAAACGCCAGGAGACUGAAGAUGUACAUUUCAAUGACGAUCAAGAUGAAAAUUCAAGUCAGGAUUCCAUUUAUUCAGGGGUCUCAAUCGAGGUUUCCUUUAACUCAAAGAAAGAUGAACAGGUCCACGUCGAACAACUUUCGGGCGGUCAGAAGACUGUUUGUGCGAUUGCUUUAAUUUUGGCGAUACAAAUGGUAGAUCCUGCUCCAUUUUACCUUUUUGAUGAAAUAGAUGCUGCCUUAGACAAGCAGUACCGUACAGCAGUGGCAGCAACAGUCAAACAAUUAUCAUCCCAAGCACAAUUCAUUUGUACCACAUUCAGAGGUGAUAUGAUUGCUGUAGCCGACCGGUUCUACCGUGUCAACUUCGAGAACAAAAUAUCAACUGUUGUUGAGGUGACGAAAGCAGAAGCAUUGAAUUUUGUUACUGGUAGAGAGAAGAAUGAGAAUGUAAUUUAA